AUGUCAGCCUCAAGACUCCGAACCAUCUCACAGGUCUGGCCUCCGUGGCUGCCAGGGGCGAUUGCCGGAGUCGAGAAUCUCUCUUCCGCUCUCUCCUCUUCCUGCACCACUACCACCGCCACCACUACUCUUCUACCCGCCCUAGCCACCUCGGCGUCUUUCAAACCUCUCUCCUCUUCAACUCUCACCACCUCAGAGUCAAGACCAGCCCCAAAUCGUCGUCUCCGCCCCACAGCAAGGUCCGCUUUCUCCCACCAGUCCUUCUCCAUUCCAGCACCACCAGCACCACAAUACCAGCAAACCCGGGCGGAAGUCCCAGCUUUAGCUUUAGCUUCAGCUGCAGCCCAAGCUCGCAAACAAGAGGCUUCGCAGCAGCAUCACACACACUACUACCAGAGAGCCGCCAAAAGCGCACAGCCGCACAGCAAAGCCCAGCAUAGCAGCCACCCCCAAUAA